AUGGAGGUCGAUUCGUGUAUUUUCCCAUCGCUCGGCCAUGACUUGCACUCUGGUCCUGCCACGGCGUGUCAACAGAUUGACCACGAAGCUAUAGGAAAUGCAGGGAGAUUUUGCGCAGAGAAUGGGAUCAGUCUUGAGAAUCUGUUAAUGGGUGUUUGGUCUAUCAUCCUGACCCAGUUCACGGACAUGUCAGUCGCAUGUUUUGGUAAGGCGACAGCGUUUCAUGAGAUGGAAACCUGCGUUGUGGUGGUGGAUCGAGAAACCCGGAUCCCAGAGUUCUUGAAGAACAUCAGUUUGGCACACAACUCCGAAGCAAACCAGAUAAAGUUCAACACUGCUCUUUACCUCUCGGAUGAGGAUGGCUCAAUCCCAGAUACCAAACAACUGGCCUGCGACCUCCUUCUCAUCCAUCGCAACGGCACGAGCCCAUCCACCAGCCUCCAUUAUUCCGUCGCCCUCUUACCCACAAGUGCAGCCGAAAACCUCUCCAGUACAAUCAUACAGACGUUGGAAUCCAUCAUUGAAAACUGGGAAGAGCGUGUGCAGGAUGUGCAAUUAUUCAGUCCUGUAAACAGAGACUACGUCGCACAAUGGAAUGAUCGGAGCUCGCUUCCUCACUUCAACGAAUUCUUGCCUGAUAUUAUAUCCGAACAAGCCAAAUCGCAAGCCGAGGAACAAGCGGUCUGCGCAUGGGACGGAGACUUGACGUAUGCAGAGUUGGAGGCGCUGUCAUCGACCCUAUCGUCGCACCUACAGCGACGGGCAAUUGGCCCUGACGUGUUUGUUCCAAUUUGCUUUGCGAAAUCUCGGUGGAUGGUCGUGGCUAUGUUGGCCAUUCUAAAGGCCGGAGCAGCUGUUGUCCCCUUGGACCCAGCUCAGCCGGUGAGCCGGUUGCAAAACAUCAUCGCACAGGUGAACGGUCAGAUCAUCCUCACUUCGGAACAGAAUGCAGGGUUAUUGGCGGAUGAAGCCGAAAUCAUCGUCAUCAGCGAAUUGACUAUGAGGCAAUUGUCGGAUACCCAAAUGACAGGGCGGCCAUUGGUGAACAGCAGUCACCCGGCCUUGGUUUUGUUUACCUCUGGAAGUACGGGCAGUCCCAAAGGUUCUGUCUCGAGUCACGGGGCUCUGGCAACUGUUGGACAGUACGGGGAUGUGCUUGAGAUCCACAGAGGCACACGAGUGUUGCAGUUUUCCUCGUACAGCUUCAUGCCCUCGGUCAAUGAUAUCUUCUGCUCUCUGACAAACGGAGCCACGAUAUGCAUUCCUUCGGACCACGAACGUGUCAAUGACCUGACCGGUGCCAUCUGCCGGAUGCGCGUGGACAAUUGCCUGCUCAUCACCUCUGUCGUUAGCUUGAUUGAUCCCCAAAAACCUACCUCCCUAACGUCUAUCCUCUGCGCUGGAGAGCCCAUGACUAAGAGCAUCAUCCAGACAUGGGGUGACAAAGUCAAGCUGAAGCAAUCGCUGGGCCAGACGGAGUGGACGACUCUCAUUGCGGUUCAGCCAAAGAUGGCUUCGCUUCCUCCGAACAAUGUUGGUUGCGCGGUGGUUGCAAAGACCUGGCUAGUCGAUCCUCAUGAUCCGGCCAAAUUGGCACCGGUGGGAGCCGUGGCGGAGCUCUGUAUUGAGGGGCCUGGGCUGUCCAGUGGAUAUCUGAACAAUCCAGCCAAGACUGCAGAGAGCUUCAUUGAAAACCCCCUAUGGCUGAAGGCCUUCCGGCCAGACGGGCAAGGCCGGGUAUUCUGCACCGGGGAUCUAGUGCGAUAUAACGCCGAUGGCAGUCUGAGCUAUCUUGGCCGCAAGGGGACAAUGGUGAAGAUCCGUGGCCAGCGGGUGGAACUGGGUGAGGUCGAGCAUCAUCUUCGUCAAUCGUUUCCAGAUGCAGGCACUGUAGUUGUUGAAGUGGUGACUCUAAAAGGAAGAAAUGCCGCUCCGAUCCUGGUUGCCUUUGUUGGCCCAAAGCCAGGUGCCGUAUGCAAGGGUGAUAUGGCCACAGAAUCGACAGAUUCCAUCUUUGCCGUAGCCGACAGGAAGUUCACAUUGGAGCUAUCCGAUGCUAACGAGAGGAUACUUGGUACAUUGCCUUCAUACAUGGCACCUGCACUCUACGUGGCUCUGAAGUCGGUUCCUGAAACGGUGACUAACAAGAUUAAUCGUCGGAUACUCCGCGAGCAUGCCAGCACGUUCACUCGACAGGAUCUGGAGUUGUUUUCUUCAGAUAGCGUGCAAAAAGUGCCUCCUUCGACAGACUUGGAGCAUGCGCUGCAUCGUAUCGUGGUCCAGACCCUCGAUGUUGAACCUGACGCUAUUGGUAUUCACGACAGCUUCUUUGCUAUUGGAGGGGAUUCCUUCAUUGCGAUGCGGUUGGUCUCUUCAUGUCGCGACGAGGGCAUUUUUUUGACAGUGAAAGACAUUUUUACGGAGAAGACCAUCUCCAGACUGAGUGCCAUUGCAGAGGGACAAGGGAGAAAAUUAACAACAAUGGAUAACGGCGAUUGGCGUCCAUUUGACUUGUUACAAUCUCGGAACCAGGAAGUUGAACAUGUGCUGCAACGGAGAUUGCAGAUGGUUGGAUUCUCCGGCGAUGAGAAGAUAGAAGACGCAUACCCCUGCUCGCAGAUGCAACAAGGAAUCCUUCUUAGCCAGGCGCGAGAUCCUGAUAAAUAUCAUAUCUAUCAAGUGUGGGAAGUCGUGCCUGUCAGUGGCAAGGCCGUCGAAAUGGACCGGCUCGAGAGGGCCUGGCAGAGACUGGUUGAUUACCAUUCCGUGCUGAGGACUGCAAUUUUAUUUGGCGCACCAGAGGAAGAACAUGCAACCCAGGUUUUGCUGAAGGCCGGCCUGCGAACACCUCAAAUACUACACUGCAGCACCGAUGAUGAUGUCUGCACGACCUUCCAACGCAACCGUAGAGUACAUGUCCCAGGAAAGCAGUCACUGCCACGACUAUCACUUUGCCAAACAUCCACAGGAAAGGUCUUCUGUCUCCUGGAGAUUAAUCACACGUUCAUUGACUCUGCAUCCAUGGCCAUCUUCGUCCGUGAUUUCUCACGUGCGUACGACGAUGCGCUUCCGGGACGCUUUGGGCCGCCAUAUCGUAACUAUAUCUCACAUCUGCAGAGCCUAUCGAUGGAAAGAUGUUUGAACUACUGGAGAGAAUAUUUGACUGGCUGUGAUCCCUGCGUAUUCCCGCAGCUUAAUGAAGGGUCAUGCACAGCGCCAGAUGCAAAUGAGUGUCGCCAAGUGAAGGUUCCAUUCGAAAGCGAAUCCAAGAUUCGAAGCUUCUGUCAGACACACGACGUGACUUUGUCGGACCUUUUCCGGGUAGCCUGGGCGCUGGUGCUACAAUCAUUUACCGGUUCGGAAACGGUGUGCUUUGGCUACAUGACGUCUGGCCGGGAUGCCCCUAUCCCGGACGUUCAGGAUUCUAUCGGUGCAUUCAUCAACGUGCUGAUAUGUCGGAUUGACCUGGGGCGAUCCUCACCCAUCAUGGAGAUUCUUCGGCAGAGUCAAGCGGACUUUUUACACAGUCUUCCUCAUCAACACUUCUCUUUGGCAGAAGUUCUGCACACAAUGCACCUCGGUAGCACUGCCAUGUUCAACACAGCCAUGUCUCUGACUGCUGAUCAACCUAGCCGGGAUGCAGGACGUUCAAUCUCAUUGGUUGGCAAACAGCAAGACGAUCAGACAGAGUAUGAUAUCUGGUUGGAAGGAAUCGUCAAGGGAGAUCGCAUCGAAGCUACUCUGAUAUAUUGGACAUCGGCUCUCUCUGAGGCGCAGGCCAAGGGCGUUGCCAGUGUGUUUAGUCAAGCAUUGUCCGAGAUUAUCAACAAACCCAGCCAGGCCACCGGGACGAUGAAUCUCAUCAGUCCCCACGAUGACGCUCAGCUCUUACUCUGGAACUCCCAGAUUCCAAAGGCUGCAACCCAGUGUAUCCAUGAACUGGUUCACCAGCGGUGUGUUGAGCAACCAGAUGCCCCUGCCGUCUGUGCCUGGGAUGGUAAUAUUACCUAUGCUGAGCUGGAUCAACUCUCCACAGACCUUGCUAUUUAUCUGGUCGGUCAUGGUGUUGGCCCGGAGGUUCUCGUGCCGGUUUGCUUUGAAAAGUCCCAAUGGACGACUGUGGCAAUUUUGGGUGUCUUAAAAGCAGGCGGUGCGUUUGUGUUACUAGAUCCAUCACAUCCAAGAAGCCGAUUGAAAGAGAUGUGUCAGGAAUCCCACGCCAACUUGGCCAUUGUUUCUGCUCAGGUCGGAUCAAUGGAUUUGCAAUUAGCGCCCACAAUGAUUCCUCUUGGAUAUGCUAACUACAAGUGGAGUGGAAUCGGCCACCAGGCGCUGCCUCGUACAACACCCCAAAAUUUAGCCUACGCGGUCUUUACAUCCGGAUCGACGGGGAAACCAAAGGGGGUUCUGAUUGAGCAUAAUACGUUCUGCACGAUGGCAAAUGAAUACCUGAAGAUGACCGACUCUGAUAAAGGUAUGAGGUUUUUGCAAUUUGCAUCGUAUGCCUUCGAUGUUAGUGUAUCGGAUCACCUGGCAACUCUUCUUGCCGGCGGCUGCAUCUGUAUUCCAUCCGAGACGGAGCGCAAUAGUGACCUGCCCGGUGCCAUCAACCGAAUGAGAGUCACCUGUGCCGACCUGACCCCUUCUUUCCUGCGCUCAUUACAGCCAGACGACAUACCCACGGUCAAGACCAUAAUUCUUGGGGGUGAAGCAAUGGCGCGGGCCGAUAUUGCGCGAUGGUCAGAAAAGGUCCGCAUGGUCAAUGUAUACGGACCUGCCGAAUGUGGCGUGGGUGCAACGGUACAACCUAGAGUGACACUGGACUCCAACCCCCAGAAUAUCGGUUUCCCAACCGGAGGAGUCUGCUGGGUCGUUGAUAAAGGCAACCACGGGAAGCUGGUUCCCGUUGGUGCCACUGGUGAGCUGUUGAUUGAAGGCCCCAUCGUUGGCCGCGGAUACCUCAACAACCCGGAAACGACGGCAGAGGUAUUCAUCGAUGCCCCAGGCUGGCUGCCUCACUAUCGCGCUGUGAGAGGAAGUAGACUGUAUAAGACGGGCGAUCUGGUGCGUUAUGCGGAAGAUGGAUCGCUGCGGUACAUAGGGCGCAAGGAUAUGCAGGUCAAACUCCGCGGACAGCGAAUCGAGCUGGGGGACGUUGAACAUCAUGUCGGCCAGUACUUCGAGGGAGCGCAAGAUGUGGUUGCAGAGGUCGUGACUCCACCAGGGAAGAAACCGAUACUAGCGGCUUUUAUCUAUUGUGGUGGGAAGCUCAACGGUGAUUUCCUGGCAAUCCCAGAUGACGAUUUCCGUUCCAGGGCCGCUACAGCCGAAUCAAAGCUGGAGGAAUCAGUCCCAGCCUACAUGGUUCCUGGGGUCUUCAUUCCGCUGUCCCAUAUACCGUUGACCAAAACUGCAAAGACGGACCGUCGCCGGUUGCGAGACGCUGCGGUAGAGAGAUUGAAUGCGUACACUGCACGACAGGGAGAGAAACGACCUCCAUCUACAGAGACUGAAAGUACUUUGCAACACGUCUGGGCCCGCGUGAUGAACAUCGAACCGCAAAGAAUUGGAAUCGAUGACAGCUUCUUCCGUCUUGGGGGUGACUCCAUCACGGCGAUGCAGGCAACCGCGCAGUGCAGAGUCAACGGAAUCAAUCUGAGCGUGGCAGAUAUUUUCCGCCACAAGACUAUUGCAGAGUUAGCCCCCCGCGUGAAGAUGGGUGAGGCUUCAGUAACCAAGAUUAGUGAAAUUGGUGAACGUUUUGAUACCUGUACAAAUGAAGAUACUGAGUACUGGAAAGCCUAUCUAUCAGCAAAGUCACAUUGUUUUCUAUCGACCACCACCUCUACAUCGGCUAUCGGGUCAUUACAGAAUAUCCCUGUCAACUUAACCAGACGUGCUGAAGCAUCUGCUUUCUGUCAGCGAUCCGAGAUAACGGUUUCCACCCUACUCAAGGCUGCGUGGGCGAUCGUUCUCCAUGUCCUUGUGAAGACAGACUCGGUCUGCUUUGGAUACAUCAUUUCUGGACGACAUAUGCCUGCCAAUGGGAUGCAGGAAAUUAUUGGGCCCCUUUUGAACCUCUUGGUCUGCCAGUUGGAUGUUCACAGCGACUUGACUUAUCGCGAACUAUGCGAUAGUAUCCAGGAGGAUUAUCAGGAAUCUCUAGCUCACCACCUCGGUGCCUUGCCUGCACUCGACAAUCUUAAUCUAAGCCCACCAUCCGAGCACCUCUUUGACACUUUAGUUAACCAUCGGAAGCAGGGCGGAUCAGAUGGUGUUGCUGGACUUCCCUGGGUGAUUAGAGAGCUAUAUGCAUAUGAUCCAAUGGAGUUCAAUGUUGUUGUCCAGAUCGACGAGGCCGAUGACUCCCUUGCCGCCUCAAUUGAUUACUGGGAUGGCAAGGUCUCGCACAACUUCAUGAAGACGGUUGCGUCGACAUUCGACAGCGCUAUUUCCUCUAUCAUUGACGCCUCCAAAAUUUCUGGUUUUCAGCCAGAGGAUUAA